UGAUAUUUUUUUUGGAUGUUUCAUGUUAAAGAUUCAAUCUUUAUGGUUUAAUAAGAAUUCUGGUUUGUGGGUCUGUCUCUUUUUUCAUAGUUUUUGGAUGUUUCAUGUUAAAGUUUCAAUCUUUAUGGUUUAUUCAGAUUUCUGGUUUGUGGGUUUGUGUCUAUUUUCAUAGUUUUUGGAUGUUUGAUGAUAAAGUUUCAACCUUUAUGGUUUAUUCCGAAUUCUGGUUUAUGGGUCUGUCUGUUUUCAUAGUUUUUGGAUGUUUGAUGAUAAAGUUUCAACCUUUAUGGUUUAUUCAGAAUUCUGGUUUGUGGGUCUUUGCCUGUUUUCAUAGUUUUUGAAUAUUUCAAGUCAAAGUUUCAAUCUUUAUGACUUUUUCAAAAAUUCUGGUUUGUUGGGUUUGUUGAAUUUGGAUUUGUUGAAGGUUAUAGAUCUCUAUUUGAAUUGUAGAUGAUACAUUCUUUGAUUGAGUAUUGCAAUCUCCAAGUUCUUUGUAGUUUCUUUUGUUUGAGAUGCUAUUGUCUUUACUUGUAGUUGUAUGAUUUAGGUAUCGCGUAGUUUCUUUUCUCCGAUGUGUAUUAAUAUCUGUUGCUACAUUUGCUUUGUACAUUGCUAUUUUGUUGUCUCUUUUCUUUCUUACUUUCCUUGCAUAGGUGACAUUUCUUUUGAACCAAGGGACUAUCGGAAACAACAUCUCUACCCCACAAAGGUCUCUCUACCCCACAAAGGUAGAGGUAAGGUCGGCAUACAUCCUAGCCUCUCCAAACCCCACUUGUCGGAUUACACUUGAGAGGAAAUGGAGAGUGGCAAAGUAUUUGUUGGAGGGAUUUCUUGGGACACAAAUGAUGAUAGGCUUAGAGAAUAUUUUCAAGCUUUUGGUGAUGUAGUUGAAGCUGUGAUCAUGAAAGAUCGAAUCACUGGCCGUGCUCGUGGUUUCGGUUUUGUUGUCUUUGCAGACCCUUCCAUUGCUGAAAAUGUUGUUAAAGAAAAACACAUUAUUGAUGGUAGAACUGUAGAGGCAAAAAAAGCUGUUCCGAGGGACGAUCAGCAUGUUAAUAGAACCAACGGAAGCAUACAGGGUUCUCCAUGUCCUGCCCGCACCAGAAAGAUUUUUGUUGGAGGUUUGGCAUCCUCAGUCACCGAGAGUGACUUCAAGAAGUACUUUGACCAAUUCGGGACAGUCACAGAUGUCGUGGUGAUGUAUGAUCACAACACACAAAGGCCUAGAGGUUUUGGAUUCAUCACGUAUGAAUCAGAGGAGGCAGUUGAUAAAGUACUAUACAAAACAUUUCAUGAACUUAAUGGUAAAAGGGUCGAGGUCAAGCGUGCUGUUCCAAAAGAGUUAUCGCCUGGGCCAACCCAAAGCCAAAUAGUAGGUAGAUAUAACCAUGGUAUGAACAGGGUAAAUAAUUUCCUUAAUGUAUAUGCUCAAGGUUACAGUCCGAGCUCGAUGGGAAGCUAUGGAGUUGGAAUGGAAGGUAGAUAUAGUCCAAUUCCUGUUGGUCACAAUGGAUAUUCUUUGUUUGGUCCAGCUGACUACAACAUGGGAACAGAAAUAGACUCCAGAUUGAACUCAAGCUAUGGGGGAAGUGGAAAAUUCAGUUCCAUUCUUGGUUAUGGACGUAACUUAAAUUCCUUUCAUAAUGAGAAUUCAAACAAAUACAAUGUCCCCAUCGGGCAUGCCCCUGGAAGAGUUGGAAAUGGUCCUGUGUUGAAUUCAACAGGUCAGAACAAGUGGGAGAAUGAGAGUCUUUUUUAUGGUACAGAUUAUGCAAACACUAGCACGUUUGUUGGUUCGGGAAGCGGGAAUGCAGGACUAUCUGGUGUUUUUGGAGGUCUUGGAACAACAUGGGGUACCUCUUCAAUUUCUGGCCAAGGUGGACGUAAUGGUUUUUUUGGCGAUGAAAACAUCACUCUCAGCGUUGGAGAGAACGGAUUUCCCCAUGGGGCAGGGUAUGGACAAAAUGCAAGAACCAAUGCUGAUGCUAAAUCAUCAUAUACUCCAACACAAGGUGUUCAUGCAAACACUUUUGGGGAUUUUAAUGGGAUGGUAGGCAGUUCGAUUUUUGAGGACUUUACUUGGGGUGCAUCAUCUCCGGAGCUAGACAGCCCCGAAGCUCUUAGUUAUGGACUCGGGAGUGCUGACUCCCUCAGCUACGUGGGUGGUUAUAGUGUUGCAAAUAGAUCAACUAGAGGUAUUGCUGCCUAGGAAUAUUAACGUAUGGAAGUUUGGAUAUCGAACAUAUUAUGUAGGUGGAAACUAUAGCAUGAUCAAAGUCAGAGAUUGUGGAUUAAAGCAUUCCUUUUGGGGAAAUACGUCAGGCUAAAGGUACAUUCACUUAGAGCUAAUUCAAUACCUAUUAUAGAACUUAUUGUCAACGAUUGUUUACAACGAAAAGGGACUUCCUUGUAACAUUUGAACAUAGCGUUUCUUUGCUAUAGGCCUUCAUUUUCUUACUUCUUUUCUACAUUUGGCAUUUGAUUGAGAUGUAAAGUUGGAUAACGAAAUAUACUUACGAUGAUUGUACCAAUGCAUAUCGAGUGAUACCACGAGACUUAAAGAAAAAGUUCAUUUUCUUGUUGGGA